AACGUGUGGAUUUGGGGCCCGUAACGGUAAAGUAGAAUUUCUUUUUUCAUUCAUGUUUUUUUCUUUUCUUUUUCAUUCAGAUUUUUUCGUUACCGGUAUUUUGUACCGUAGCCGGUUGGAACAGGGGAGGAUAUACGGUAAUAUGAUACGGUAGCUUGACGCUCGACUUAACCUAACCCACGAUAGGGUAGCGCGCUCCAGCGAAAGGCCAACUCGCCUGACCGAGUGGCACGUGACUUGGCUACCUAACCCACGGCAGGCAAGGCACCAUCCAACCCUUCCGGAUCGCUCAAUCAAAACAGUUUCAAAGGGAGCUCUCUUUUUUGUUUUUUGGUCCACCUACUUCCCGUUUCAUUCUUUUCUAGGGUAGGUUAAGUUACCGGUAGUCUACCGUAGGCGGUGUGUUGGAUUGAACGAGCUUCGACAAACCGCCCACACAGAAGAAAAUCAAGGGAUCCGAAGGAAGGAUGGCUUCAUCAAGGUUAUAUCUACCCGCAUCCCUAUCCCUAUUCAUCACUCGCUUUCGAUCGUCCAUCUCCAAGCCUUCUUCUUCUUUCUUCUUCCUCCUCCUCCUCCUUACUUCACAGGCUAGCUAACGGGCUAGUAGUGACCGUUACGGCUCUCAUCUCCACCAGCGCGACGCGCGAGCGCAUCUCUUCGGCGAUCCAAAUGGCAGCGGCGCACCUCCCAGAGGGAUGGCACAGUACCGACCCGCAACGCCCAACUCGAGGGGCCAGUACAGCGCUUCUGUGAUGGAAGAGCUGGAGUCGCAAAACGACGCACAGGUUGAAGGGCUGAGUGCUAAGGUCAAGAUGUUGAAGGAGGUAUGUUUCACUUUCCUUCCAUCUCCCGUGAUGGAAGGGGGAUGUGGGGAAGAUGCUAAUAUGGGGUGUGGGGGGUGUGUGUGGGGGGAGAAUAGAUUACCGAGGCUAUUGGCGACGAAGUCAGAUCUUCUUCUACGCUUAUGUCGAGCAUGAAUGACUCUUUUGAUAAUACGCGGAUACGACUUAGAGGGACGAUGAAUAGUAUGCUGCGCAUGGCGAAGAGGGCUGGGGUGGGUUGGAAGGCUUGGGCGCUGUUCUUGGUGGCAGUUGUGGGGCUUUUCUGGUACGUUUGGUUGUUUUAGAGUGGGUUUUGGCUGGUUGGGGAAUUGUGGGUUGUAUGAUAUGUUUGGGUUCUGGUUUAUAUUACGGGUCGCUUUUGAGGUGCAAUUGGGUGGGGAGGGGGAAUGGUCAAAAGGGGUAUCUCUCUCUUUGGGCUGGGCGACGGCAAUUAUUUUAUUCACCAGUCUUAGCAGAAAGUAGGAUAUAAUACAUAGAGUAGAGAGUGCUUUGGAAACAAAACGCAAAAAGAGAAAAGGGCUGCAUGUACCAUUUUGGGAGUUCGUCGGGCCGCUGUGGAUCGAUUCAUACGAGGGCGGAUUUGCAUGUAAAGUUGCAGGAAACGAUAAUCGAUUGUGCGGUCUAUGCAUCGUACAGAAUCUAAGUCAUAAUCACGACUGCAGCAUCCACCUUCAAUUACAUCGUUAGAUACAAAUGUUAAGGAAUACUGGGAAAUGAGACUUGAGAGGAUUAGGCAUAGAGGUCAAAGUAGAUCAAUUGAGAGAACAUAGGGAUGAAAACAACGAAACCGCUAUCCCAUUAGAGAGAAAAAGAAAUAAGAAAUCCCAACAACCCCGAGUGUAAGUAAAAGUUAGUUUCCCGUGAAUUCAUGUUUCGUCGCGACUUUAUCUUGAUCCGGCUCAAUCUAAGCCCCGGGCUCAAUGAAAACUCAUCCAAAUCAGGUGUUUGCAGUGUACGUACAGAGAAGUGGAAAGAACAGAACGUAAAUUUCAAGUUUCGACCCGCCACUCACUCGGCAUUGUACCACCCUUACCUUCAAAUCCCUCCACUUGGCUGAAAAAACGGUGCAAAGAAAGCUGUAACGACUCAGCAGCACUUGCCUUCCUUGGUAGCAUUUUCGGCGGUGGGAGUGAUAUGAAGGGGUUGACUGCUUCCAGGUUGGCUGACUGGAUGCUGGUCGCCUCCAUCCAGAGCUUUGCUAGAAACGAUUCGGUAGAUUUCUGAUAGGGCACCCUUAGAUUCCGCUUUUGCUACUCUACAAGUAAGAGUUGUGUGACACGCACCUGUUAAGAUUGUCUGAAAAGCGAGCUCAACAUUUGUAGAAUCUAGGGCGGACGUCUCAAUGAAAGAGAGGUGAUUCUCGGCUAGGGAAUACGUUAGAAUAAUCCCGAUAUCAUUCCGUGUCAUUUAAGGCGAUCACGAGACCAACCCGCAAAAUUCUUUGCAUCCUCUGUCGGAACAGCUCUCAAGUGCCUCAAAUCACUCUUGUUG